CUGACCUCACUCCUAGCUGACUGAGCUCAGACCCAAGCUUCUGUGAAAUCCACAUCUACCCUUUUUCUUGUGGUCUCCAGAAAAGUCCUUGCAACUUGGAUUGGUUUGUUGUGGCUGAUCAUUUUUUCCGCAGGCUUCAGAGUCACCUGAGGUAUACUGCACAGACUUGGCUUGGUCCUCAACAUUUACCACACACCCACGCCAAACCGGAGGCUGUCACCAUGACAAGAGACCAGAAUGGGACCUGGGAGAUGGAGAGUAAUGACAACUUUGAAGGCUACAUGAAAGCCCUGGAUAUUGAUUUUGCCACCCGCAAGAUCGCAAUAUAUCUGAAGCAGACAAAAAUCAUUAAUCAAGACGAAGAUAAUUUCAAGACAAAAACCCAAAGCACAUUCCGCAACUAUGACUUGGAUUUCACUGUUGGGGUGGAGUUUGAUGAAUACACAAAGGGUCUGGACAGCAGGAGAGUUAAGACGCUGGUCACCUGGGAAGGUGAUGUCCUCGUGUGUGUGCAGAAGGGAGAGAAGGAGAACCGUGGCUGGAGGCAGUGGGUUGAGGGCAACAAGCUGUACUUGGAGCUGACCUGUGGUGACCAGGUGUGCCGUCAAGUGUUCAAAAAGAAGUGAUGGCAGCAACGGAGGCCAGCAGAGCAUGCAGAGUUCUGUGCCAUCCACCAGAAUCAACAUGGAAACCCUCCCACUCCUGACAGAACACUGUUAAAGUGCCUGGAUGUGUUUUAAACUGAAUGAGUGUAAAAUAGUGACAGGUACAGUCUUCC